AUGGGUCGUGGCUGGGGCUUCCAGCAUGACAACGACCCGAAACACACAGCCAGGGCACUAAGGAGUGGCUCCUCAUCACAGGAUGUUAAGGAAAAAGAUGGUCAUAGAAGGGGUGUUGGACAUCAACGAGCUCAUACAGGAAAGAAACCAUAUUCAUGCUCAGAAUGUGGGAAAUGUUCUAUUAAGAAAUCAGUUGUUAUUAAACAUAAAAGAACUCACACAGGGGAGAAGCCAUUUUCAUGUUUACAGUGUGGAAAAUGUUUUACUGAAAAAUCAAAUCUUGUUAAACAUCAGAGAACUCACACAGGGGAGAAGCCUUUUUCAUGUUCACAAUGUGGAAAAUGUUUUACUGAAAAAUCAAGUCUUGUUCAACAUCAAAGAACUCACACAGGAGAGAAGCCAUUUUCAUGUUCACAAUGUGGGAAAUGUUUUACUGAAAAAUCAAAUCUUGUUAAACAUCAAAGAACUCACACAGGAGAGAAGCCAUUUUCAUGCUCAGAAUGUGGGAAACGUUUUACUUGCAAAUCAGAUGUUACUCGACAUCAAAGAACUCACACAGGGGAGAAACCAUUUUCAUGUUCAGAAUGUGGGAAAUGUUUUACUGAUAAAUCAAAUCUUGUUCAACAUAAAAGGACUCACACAGGGGAGAAGCCAUUUUCAUGCUCAAUAUGUGGGAAACGUUUUACUUGCAAAUCAGAUGUUACUCGACAUAAAAUAACUCACACAGGGGAGAAACCAUUUUCAUGUUCAGAAUGUGGGAAAUGUUUUACUGAUAAAUCAAGUCUUCUUAAACAUCAGAAAACUCACACAGGAGAGAAGCCAUGUUCAUGUUCAGAAUGUGGGAAAUGUUUUACUCGCAAUUCAAGUCUUACUAAGCAUAAAAGAACUCACACAGGGGAGACGCCAUAUUCAUGUUCAGAAUGUGGGAAAUGCUUUACUCAUUAUACAAGUCUUUAUAGGCAUAAAAGAACUCACACAGGAGAGAAGCCAAUUCAGAACAAUAAAUGAUGCAGAAAACAUCUAUAUAUUAUCCAUGUACAUAGGAUAUCUGACAUUUAUACAUAUAUCAUAUACUGCAUCUCCAAACUUGUUCCCAAUCGUUCUUUUUAGAAGACCCAACAGGCAUAAUCCAUGGGGAGCUGCUACUGGAGACCCAAACACCUCACAGAGAAGGGACUUAUUCCAGUGAUGAAGAAUUCCAGGACGGUCCGGGCUUCACCUGCUGAGACCCUUUUAGAAAGGUUGUGU